GAAUCGAAUCAAAUGGGCUGACCUGACAGAUUAAUAUUACUCCUCCGCAUCUCAUUCAACGCUUUAUUGCACAUCUGCAAUGGUCGCCCCAGCUGAAGUGCAGGAUCCUUGGAGAUCGAUCGACGAAUCGAACAAGGCAACGCUCAAAAAUGACAUACCUAAAUUUCGCAAGAAAGAGCGUGGCCUUUUGAACUUAACCCUUAACUCUAUGCUUAACACGAAAGCAAUCGCGACACAAAGUCAAGUAUGUGUUCCUGGGUUGUCCCAAUUGAUCAAUUUAUACCUCCUGUGAGUUACUUUCGAUCGUUGCCCAUGAUUCUCAUAAUCCUCUAGUACUGUUACGCAAGGGAAUGGUCUACAAAAGCAAGGUUGGUGGAAGAGAAUUCGGACCAUGAGGGAUUGGAAUGACAGUAAGGAUGAAUUCAAGGAAAAUUGUCAAGCAGUUUGGGAUCUCGCUCAUCAAACGUCUUUUAUCGUCCAUGCACGGGCGCACAAAUUGGAAGUAACCUCCCAAGUGUCCAUCCCACGACGCAGAUCUCUCGGCGGACUAGUCCGAGGUGAAUCCGACCCCGUUCAGCGACACAAUCAACAUGGUGACACUAUGAUGAGAUCUACAUCUCCCAACGCUCGACCAGUCGCAUGGAGCUCGAGUGAAAACAAUAUAAAUGCUAAUACGCUCCAGCAGGAGACAAUGCAACAAAUCGCUGAGAUGAGCGCCGCAAAGACAUUGGAACUGCUCAAUCUUCAUGGUAGAUUGUCUGGUGUCCCGCAAACUAUCAACAAUUUCAAGGGAUGCAUUGUUAGACCCAGCGGAAGGGCUGCACACACAGUAAAUAACGGAGGGAAAAAUAACAAAGGAGCAGCCGCUUCAUCCUCCACGGGAACCGUGGAUUUCGGAGGGACGGACAAUGGAGGAGAAGCCGUUGAUCCAAGUCCGACGUCAGAAACCGAUGGAAACAGUUUGCAUACUUUGGACCACGAGCCAAGCCUCAAUGGAUUCGAAGUACUUUAAUUUAUGAUUUAUGUGUCCUGUAUUUUAUGUUCAGAUAAUUCAACAAGGAAUUCCAUCUGUUACGCUUG